AUGCCAGCCGAUGUUUGGAUAAAUCCGAAAAUUUGUGUGAAAUUCCCAUUUGAACCUUAUGAAUGUCAGAGGAUUUUUAUGAAAAAUGUGAUCGAUGUUCUUGAUUCGGUUGGUUUUUUUUUGAAUUUGAAAAAAACGGAGCAUUUUGAACCUAAAUUUAACCUGAAUUCGAAAAUCUUCUUUGAAUUUUUUCGAAAAAAUUUGCCACGUGGAAAUUUAAAGCCUGAAGAAAAAUUUCGGAAUUGUUUUGUUCAACCAAACUUUUUUCCUUCAUACGUUAAAAUUUUGGAGCACUUUGAACGAAAAUUUAACCUGAAAAUCUGCAAAAAUUCGAAUUUUCUUUAAAAUUUCAAAAAAAAAUUGCCACGUGGCUAUUUUCGCGCCAAAAGCAUUUAAAUUGUUGAGUAAAAACCGAAAAAGUUUCCUUGAAAUCAGAAAUUUGAAUUUUUUAAAUUAAUUUUUAUACCUUUUCGAAUUUUUUUUUCCGAAUUUUGAAAACCUCAAAACUAGACAGCAAUUUUUUCCAGAAAAUGGAUGCCGCGCUAGAAAGUCCAACAGGAACCGGUAAAACUCUAUCCCUCCUCUGCUCAACUCUGGCAUGGGUUCAAAAACAAAAAGAGCAAAAACCAACAGCCGAAUGGCAAAUUCAACAAGCCGAGCAAAAAUUGUCAGCAGAAGGAGGAAUCAAGACUUCAUUUAUCCCAACAAUUUAUUACGCGUCACGAACUCAUUCACAAUUGGAACAAGUUGUACAUGAAUUAAAUCGAACUGAUUAUAAAUGGUAUUAAUUUAUCUGAAAUUUUAAAAAACCAUAUUUUUUACAGGGUGAAAACUACAAUUUUGGGAAGUCGCGAUCAUUUUUGUAUAAAUCCGAAGGUAAAAUCAAUCAAAGAAUCAAAUAGACAAUCGCAUGUUUGUCGAGGAAUGGUCUCGAAACGAAAAUGUCAUUUUUAUAAUAAAUUCGACACGUUGGCCAAUGAUAAAUUGGCUGAAAUUGUUGAAACUGGAAAAGCGAUGGAUAUUGAGGAAUUGGUGAAAAUUGGAAAUACUCAUAGUAUUUGUCCGUAUUUUAUGAGUAGACAAAGAGCGGAAAAUGCUGAAUUGAUAUUGUUGCCCUAUAAUUAUGUGAUAGAUCCGAAAAUGAGGCGGAGAUAUAAACUGGAUUUGAAAGAUUCGAUUGUGAUUUUUGAUGAGGCACAUAAUUUGGGUUGGUGCUUUUUUAUGCGGUCUGCAAAUGUUCGUGUUGUGCGUAAAAUCUACAUUAAAGCGCAUUUAGGGUAAUUUCGCUAGAGCGCGUUUGCAGUGAUGUUUGUGUACUUCUCUCGGACGAUUAUUUAUUUUUUUAAAUUUUUUUUGUAUUCUUUUAAUAAACAUGGGCUAAUUUGAUACUUCAAAAGAAUUUUUCUUCACGCGGAAAAAAACAAGAAAAUGCGCUCUAAUGCGAAUAUUUUAUGUGUGCAGAUUUUACGCGCAACACCGUGACGAACAUUUGCAGACCAACUUUUUCUUCUUCAAAAAAUACUAACCCUUUAAACUUUAUAGAAUCAAUUUGUGAAUCAAAUGCGAGUGCAGAAAUCUCAUCAACAGAAAUUGCACUAUGCAUCCUUGAACUCAAAAAAGUAUUGGCUCUUUUGGUUGAAGAAGAGGAGACCGAAAGAAAUGAGGCUGAUAUCGCAACUGAAGCAUUUGGAAGUGUGAAAAUAGAUCCAGCCAAGAAGUUGAUAGAAUAUUUGCGAGUUGAAGAUUUGAUGGCAGUUCUUGAAAAAGUGUUUAGUCUGGAAGAGGAAUUCGAAAAAAUAUGGAAGGAUUUGAGGCAAAUUGAAAAUCUUGACGGGAAAGCGAGCAAUGGUGAAAUACUACUACAAGUAUUUGAGCGAGUUGGAUUGGAUGGGAAUUCGAUUGAAAGAGUUGUGGAUUUAUUGAGAAAUGCGACAACCUAUUUACUAUCGAAAGGAGAAGAAGUUAGUCUAACUGAAAAAGGAGAUGGGAUGGAGAAAUUGUGCGAUUUUAUUCUUUCAAUAUUUUCGACGCAUGCUCAAGAAGUUGCUGCGGCUGUUGGAGAUUCGAAAAUCAAGAUGGCUGAUCGAGUUGAUCCAAGGGUGGUUGCGAGAAAUUGUAAAUUAUUUAUGAAGAAAGAAGGAAAUGGAAAGGUUGGUUGGAAACAAAUCGGGAAUUGAUUGAAACAUUUUUACGGGUUUCAGAAAAAUUGUUUCUACUGAUUCUAAAAUAAUAAAUUUACUGUAUAGAAAAAUCUGGAAAAUUGAUAUAAAUUUUCAAAAAAAUGCCACGUAGCAAUCGUCAAAAAUCUAUAUUUUUGAUACUUUUUUAUAGUCAAAAUCAGGAAUUAAAAAUUCAAAAAUGGAUUUUCUAAAUGAAAAAUUAUGUCUCCAAACCAAAAUUUCUGUUCACGAAAAAUUAUUACCGAAAAAAAUAAGAUUCCAAAAAAAAUAAUAAUAAAAUAUUUAUUCCGAAAAAUAUGGGGCAAGAAUGAAAGCAGCAUCAGCAAAAGAACCACAAAAAUAUGUGAAAAUAAGAGAUUUCACAUAUUUCUGUGAUUAUCUAAAAAAAAGAGCAGCAACAGAACCACAGGAAUAUAUGAAAUGAUGGUCCCCCUCUAGCCACCAAUUACUAGAGGUUUACCAACAUUUCACAUAUUCCUAUGGGGCGAAAACAGACAGAAAGUAGCGGGCAAUCACAGAAAUAUGUGAAAAUCAGAGAUUUCACACAUUCCUGUGAUUAUCUAAAAAAAAAAAGAGCAGCAACAGAAAGCACCCGACUCACGUGUUUCCUCCUCGGGAACGGCGGCGAUGGCGGCGUAUGGGCGUUGAUGAUUGGCAUUGUUGAUCAGCAGCAAAUAGGUAUUUAGAGUAAGGUAGGAAUAUUUGGAUGUGAGUAAACAACCUUCUCGCCGGCUUCUUAUAUAGCAUCUCUGAGAGAUUUUAUCAUCACGUGUGUCACGUGAAUAAUGUAACAGCGUUUUUCAUUUUGUUUUACUUUAAAAAAUGGAGAAUGACAUUUCUAAUCAUCACGCGUGUCACGUGAAUAAUAUUCUAUCGGUGCUUUUUCAUUUCUAAUUAUAAAAGAUCGAAAUGGCGUUUCUAGAAAAUUCCGAUCUGAUGAUCGCGGUUAAAUUUUCUGAAAAUUCUUCGACUGUGGUUUUUUUGUGAUAUUGUAAUUAGUGAUUUUACUGUUCAAUUCGAGAUUUUAUUUUGUUCUGAGAAAUGAAGUGAGUAUUUUUGAGAGAAUUGUGAUUGGCAGGGCUUUUGGUACAUUGGAUGUUCGAUUAUUUUGUAAUUUCAGUGUCAACAGACUCCAAUUCCGACAAUUUCAAAAAUUUGAUAUUCUUGAUCAGAUCUCGGCUCAGAUGUUUGUAGCCUACACAGUUUGUUUUAGUAAAGAUGGAAUUUGAGUGUGUGAAAUUCUGAACAAUUUUUGAAAAGUUUGGAUUCAAAAACUACUUCGAAAAAAAGUAAAAACUCUAGUUUGAAUUGCCGUAUACAGUAAUUUUCAAAAUGUAAAAACACACGAAGGUUAUCAUUUUCGUUGACGGACAGUAUCUGAAAUUUUCAAAUUUCCAGAAUUUUUCCUAACUUUCUAUGUCUCGCAUUUCAAAAUCUAUAAUUUUCAUAUUUUUUCAGACUGUCAAAAAAUAAAAAUUUUUAUAAAUAAUUUUUCACGUGAAACCGUCGCCCAAAAUUUCAUUUCUAAAUAAAUUUCACAAUUUUCAUUUUCCAAAAUGCUUCCAGACAAUCAUCAAAUAUUUCUGCUUCCAAGCAUCAAUUUCAAUGCGAAUGCUGAAAAUGCGCGGAGUUCGAAAUGUUCUUCUUGCCAGCGGAACACUUUCUCCAAUUCAAAGUUUUACAUAUAAUAUGGGAUUGUGAGUUAUUUUGUUAAAAUUUCCCUACACAUAGUUUUUUCCAGAAACUUUGGAGCAGUUUUGGAAAAUGAGCAUGCGUUGAAAAGUGUGCCUGUGAUCAGUUCUGUUGUUAUGAGAGGAUAUAAAUCUGGAAUAACGGGUUCAUAUGCGAAUCGAAAAAAUGCGGAUUAUUUGUCAGAUGUUGCUGAGACAUUAAUCCGAGUGCUAGGUUCGACACCUCAAGGAGUUAUUGUAUUUUUCUCAUCUUAUUCACAAAUGGAUGAACUUAUCAAAUAUUGGAAAUUGAAUAAACGAGCAAAUAAUAUGGAAAAUUUUUGGGAGAAAAUGAUCAAAUUGAAACAUAUUGUUGUUGAGCCACGUGGCAAAGAUGAAUUAGCCGCGAUUCGAGCAGAAUAUGUGAAAGGAGUUCAGAAUCCAAUGGGCGCUGCAUUAUUUGCAGUUUGCCGAGGAAAAGUUAGUGAAGGUAUCGAUUUCUGUGACGCUGAAUCACGAGCUGUUGUGAUUAUUGGGUUGCCAUAUCCACCGGUGAAUGAUGAAAGAGUUGUAUUGAAGAAAAUGUUUUUGGAUGAAACAAAUAAAUCCAAUAAUCUACUACAAUCAUCCAAAGAUUGGUAUCAAAUGGAGGCGUUUCGCGCUGUAAAUCAGGCGAUUGGCCGAGUUUUACGGCAUAAAGAUGAUUUUGGGGUGGUUGUGUUGAUUGAUUCGAGAUAUGCCAGUGUCAAGUUGGAGAUGUUUCCGAAAUGGUUGAGGAAAACGAUUGUGCGAGGAGAUAUUGAGGAAUGUGCGAGGAAAAUUGAGCGGUUUUUUGGGGAACGCAAAGAGAUGGUGGAGACUUCGAGAAGUUGUUAUACAAAACGGAUGGAUAGUAAGAAUUGCAAUAUGUAUAAACGGACAAAAUUAGAGAGGUAUCUAUUUUGGAAGGGUUUUUUUAAAGGUGGAGUGCGAGUUAAACAUACAUUUUCUCAAGCCAUUUUACACGCUGUUUCACUGUUUUCAUGAACUUUGAACCUGUUUUACUAAUGCCCUUCGAGGUAUUGCAACUUUCUGUCUCGAAUGAACCUAACAUUGUUUUUAUAUCGGACUCCACCUUUAAAUGCCCCGGAAAUGAAGAUUAUGAGAACUUUCAGAAAUGUUCAAAUGCUGAAAAUUGAGCUCAGAAUUUAUUUUGGCGGCGGAAAAAUGUCGGGAAUUCGGCCAAAGCAACAAAAUGAGAGUUUUCGCAACAUUAGAGCGAGUUAGCUCCGGCCGAAUUCCCGACAUUUUUCGGCCACAUGCAAUUUAUUUUUUUUUGAAAUUCACGUUCAGCUUCAAAUUUUCCUGAGUUUCAUUCAUCAAAAUUUGAACAUAGUCAAAUAUGCCCAUAAUUUCAUUCAAGUCGUUUAAUAGUUUUGAAUUUAGCUCAACUCCUUCUUCAAAUCUCUUAUCGCAAAUCUCAAUCGAUGAAUUAUUCUCCUCUCCAUCAACUUCUACAAAAAUCAAAAAGGAAAAUAUCAAAUUUGAACCCGAACCUUCUGGAUUUUCUUUACCUACUGUGAGUACUGACAUUUUUUUUAAAUUUUAAAACGAACAUUUUUUAGAACGAAGAUGAGAUAACUGGAAAAAUGUAUAAAAAUCAAUCAGAUAAUCUUCCAAAUUCAAUAAAUAAAAAUACAUUUCGAAAACGACCUUCAACUUCAAAUGCACUCUCAAAACAACCUCCAGCAAAAAAGAAAAUCGUAUUAUUGAGUCGAAAUGAUAGUCUACCCCCAAAAUAUGAAGAAGCGCUGAGAAUAUCGACUUCGGAAAUUGUGGAAAAAAUGUCGAAAGAGUCGAAAAGUCAAUUUGCGGCCACAUUGAAAGCCUAUAAAUCGGAAAGUAUUGAGUGGCAAGAGGUUUUCGAGAGAUUUAAGACGAUUUUUAUUCCCAACAAACAAUCGAAUUUAUUUAUUGGUUAGUUUUUUUGGAGGGGGGUUGGAUUUUGGGGUUCAAAAAAAUCUGGAAAAAAUUAUGUUGAAAAACUUAUGUUAAAUCAGGUCAUACAUAUUGCUCAUGUUUAAAAAAGCUCUUUUCAAUUGCUCAUGUUAAAUUGACAUCAGAUUGCUCAUUUUAUAGAGGUUAUGCUAAAUCAUGUCAUAUUGCUUAUGAGGCUUCUUUAAAAUUGUUUUUUUUUUUCAUUUCUGGGAAAUUUUUGAAAAUGCAUGUUUCUAACACACUUUUCCGAAUUACAAAAUCCCAAAAAAAUUGAAAUUCAACAUUUUCAUCCCGCAAAAGUGUGUGCUUGUGUUUUAUUUUUAAUUUUUUUUUUCAAAUUUAUAAUUUUUUUUUCGAUUUCUUCUAUUCUCAAUUUCUAGGUUGCUCAAAUAUUCUUCGCCCAGAAGAUCGUCCGAAAUUCCUCAAAUUAGCGAUGGAAAAAAAGAUACACUAA